GUUUGGAGCGGUAACUUUGGAACAUGUUGGGGCAAGUACGUGACCGUGAAAUAUACCGUAAAGCCUCGAAAACAGCGUGGUUUUGUGUAGUUGGAUGCCUCUAAGUAGACAAUAAGUCAUUGUUCUCAGGUUGUUUGUGUGGAAGUUGUCAGAAUGUUUAUUGUUAAACGUGUGGUGUGUGUUGGAGGCAUCACGCUCAUCCAGUGCACCUCCCGCCCUGUGAGGAACUUCUCAGCCUGUCACUGCCUGAACUCUCCUAAACGACGCAGCUCCUACAGUUUAGCGGUCAGUGAUCGAUACUCCUCUCUGGUGAAGUCCGUCAUGUCCUCCAGGGUCAGUUCCCAAACCCCAGACACCCUCCAGGCGGAAGACGAGCACAUCUAUGGACCUGUUGUCAAAGCUCCAACGCCCUCAUCUAAACCAGAGAAGAGGGAGCCUAAGACCCUUCAUCCCUUCUUACUAUCUGAGAAGACCCUGGAGACAGAGGAGACAGAGUCCGGACCUCCAGUUCGGAUUCUGUUGAACAGGGGCCAAGGAGGGUCCUCAGCACCGAGUGUGACCCGCAUCCUUCAGCAGACCCUCUCCCCGGACCAGAGAUUCUACCUGGAGAGGUGGAAGAGGAAGAUGAUCGAAGAGCUUGGGGAAGAUGGCUUCAAAGAAUACUCUCAGAAUUUGUUCAGGCAAGGCAAGCUUUUCCAUUCCACUUUGGAUGACAUCAUGGCGUCGGGUGCAGCACAGGAGAACAAGGCUCCUGCGGACACACCAGAGUAUCCAGCUGAGGUUCAGGGAUACGUGGAGAGCAUCUCUCACGUCCUGGAAGACGUCAGUGCAGUGAGAGCGAUUGAAAGCACUGUACAUCACGACAGCCUGGACUAUCUGGGAAUUGUGGAUUGCGUUGCUCGCUACAGAGGUGUUCUAUGUCUUAUUGACUGGAAGACGUCAGAGAAGCCCAAGCCAUUCCUGAGCAACACGUACGACAACCCUAUUCAAGUGGCAGCCUAUGCCGGGGCUUUGAACAAUGACGGAAACUACAAAUACCAGGUUGAUCAUGGACUCAUUGUAGUGGCUUACAAGGACGGCUCGCCUGCCCACGCUCACCAGCUCAGCUCAGAGCAGAUGCUACAGUACUGGAGGACGUGGUUGCUGCGACUUGAAAAGUUCACAGAACAGAGAUCCAGUCAUACGUCAAUGGCUUUUUCAGAAAAUAAAUGAGGUGUUUGAAGAGAGCUAUGCGAGUGCAUUUCCAUGAAGCAGGUUUUUUCAGUUUAAGGACACUUAGUUAUUUAGAAUAUAUAAUAUUUUUAUUUGUUACCAUCCACUGAGCUGUUCAUUAAAUGCCAGCCAGGCCUGCCUGUAUGUGGGAUCUUCAGUAAAGCCCAUGGUUUUAAAAAGCCUGUAGGAGACCAGGUUCUCCUCCUCUAUGAAGCAGUAGACUGGAUAAUCCUGAGUGUGGAGCCUCUUUGCCAUGGUGCUGAUGAGGACUUUGGCGUAGCCUUUGCCUCUGUGCUCUGGCAGAGUGUACAGCAUUCCCAUGGCACACGAGGCAUAGGUCAGGAUCCAGGACACUGGCCUACGUUGUGCAUCCAGCACGCAGCAGGAGGGGAAGUUUGCGAUCAUGUUGCGGAUCAUCCCCACAGCCUCGUCAUCAUUUGCGAACUUCCACGUCUGACUCACCCAGCCAAUGUGGGAUUCAUCCAGAGAGCCGAGGGAGAUUCCUGAGCUGAACACAACAAAAAGCAGAAUUAUGAACAACCUAUAAGACCUGUGAUGAUCAUGACCUGUCUCCAGAAUUAAGAUGUAAUUGCUUGGAUAGGCCCUACCUGUCUACAGAGGGAAGCUUGGAUACAUCCUCUAAUAUCAUCAUGUGACACACUGCCAGUUUCUUGCUGGACACGUGUUUUUCUGAUGCCACUGCAUUGAAUGUCUCCAUGUGCCGAUGACUGAUUGCUUGGACAAAAUAAAAUAAGUUUAUUUUUUGUAUUAUUAAAACAAGAUUAAGGA